UGAGCAGCAAAAGCAGAGCAAAGUAAGUUGUUAAACGGAGUUGUGAAGCAGACGGCAGAAAAGUCUGAAACGGAGAGCGCAAAAGUGUGUUACAGAAGAACCAGUUCAAUACUCGAGCCUUGACAGCAUACGCACUUCGAUUGUUCGUCCCUUUGCCCGUGCGUCGUUAUAAGGUUUGCAAAUAAAGGCGAAAAUUCGAUCGACAAGGUGUGUUUUUCUCGCCGCGCUAUUUCAAUUCAGUGGAAAAUCGACCACUUCUAGUGUUAGAUCUGUGUUUUUCAGGUGUUAAACGAUCACCUGUUCGAAAUAUCAUCGGUUCUGUGCGAUUACAGUGAAGCAAAACCAGGGGCAGUCGAGAAACAAAUACCUAAUCUGCCAACGGGAGAGAUUUUUCGGUUUUGAUUGAUUUCGGUUUCAAUUCAGUCUUCUUUUGUGUGCCUAUGCUUACAUCUUGGAAAAAGGAUUCGAAGAAAUUUUUAUCGAAAUCUACAUACAAAUAGUGUUUUUUCGUGCAAAAGUGUCAGUGACAAAAGUUGCAUGCCAACCAUUUAUUAGUCAGCCAGUGGUUGCGUAUAGAAGAAUAAAAGUUGUUUAACGUGAAAAAGGAAAAGUGUGAUUUUCGUAUUACUACUGCCUUGCAGUUUUUGCCCCAGGAUUGCUUGCAGCGUAGAUAAACGAAGCAGUUAGCCAUUUUUAAAAUCAAUAGCCGUUCGAAGAUGGUGUUCCGGAAAAAUCAAUAGAAUUGUUUUAGAAGCUCCUCCGCGCCGGAACAGAGAACGCAGCAACAUCGCCCAAAGAAGACAGGACAGUUGGGGUACAACAUCUAGUCGUGGCGGAAUAAUUUCCGCUGUCAUUCACGAAAGCUGCACUGCAAUCCAGUAGAGAGGGGGAGAAUAAGAAGACUGUUUACUGUUUGUGUGCUGUUAUAACCAGUUUCUAAAGCCAAUAAGAUCGUUUACAAGUGAUAAAUACGCAUAGCUGCAAACAAACUAUCGAAGCGGGAUCGAAGUUUCGCGCAGAGGUGAUAUUUUUUGUACCGAAAAGUACGUCAAUUUGUUACAGAUAUCGUGGUAGGAAGUUUCCAAAGUUACGUAGUGAAGAAUAUAGGUGACCCCUCUUGCCGCUCGUUCGGCCCAGGAAUUAGGAAUCAACCAGAUUCACCGAUAGCCAUAUUUUCUACUGAAACACGAGAGUAACGCAAAAGCUUCGUCUGUCUCGCCGCCCACGGGAGCUCCAGGUGGCUGUUUUCGGUCACCCCUAGCCUCGCCUCGCUGUUGUCUAGCAAACGGAUCAAACUGGCUGCUCACAUUCAUCCGACGGAAUCGCUCGCCGUCGCACACCACGGCGCGAUGUCGAUACCAAACGCUGCUGGCCAGCUGGAGGGCGCUCUGGCAGCGCCCAAGUACGGAACGCUCAUUCCAAACCGGGUCUUCGUCGGUGGCAUUAGUGGCGAUACGACGGAAGCGGAACUGUGCCGGCUAUUCUCCUCGUACGGCAACGUCAAGUCAACGAAAAUCAUCGUCGACCGGGCGGGCGUCAGCAAAGGCUACGGUUUCGUGACGUUCGAAACCGAACACGAAGCGCAAAGACUGCAGAGCGAUGUAAGUAUGAAGGGCGAUUGCAUCGUGCUGAGAGAUCGCAAAUUGAACAUCGCACCCGCGAUUAAGAAGCAAACAAUCUGUGCAACGAACGGUGCCGUGUACUACGCAGCCACUCCUCCAACGCCGACGAUCAACAAUAUCCCAAUCGAGCAGUUUGCGACAGUAUACCCGCCAGGUGUGCCAACUAUUUAUCCGCCAACGAUGCCGUAUCAGCCGUUUUAUCAGUACUACAGUGUGCCAAUGAAUGUUCCGACAAUUUGGCCUCAGAACUAUCAAGACGGCAACGAAUACUAUUGAGCAAUAAGUUUGAUUUCUUUUGUUGACACGCGGACCACUUUCAGCCAAUCGAGACAGUGUGGAGUAUCAGAGUUCACGAGAAGUUAGCUAUAAGAGAAAAAGAUGCUUCUUGAAGGGGAGAAACCUGUCAAAAUUCAUUCAGUUUUUUUUCAUAACCUAGACAAACAAAUCUCUGUCCUCAAACAGUAUCUUUUUCAUCGUGCUUGACUGUUUAAUAGAAAAUAAGCAUUGUCUAAAUCGAAGUCAGAAUUGAUCAUCAGAAUUUGAUUUACAUAUUCUUUUUUUUUUCUCUGUCUCUUUCCUGUUAUUGUCGUUCUCUCUUACAGGAAUCUACCCUUGUUAAAAUAAAGAGAACAAACUAGACAAACAGAAACUUAUUUAUUAUCAUGAGUAAUAUUUAUACAAGAAAAAAAAAACACAUCUAUAUAUAAAUAAACUAACUAGAUAAAAAUCCAUUAGCUUAAAUGAUGAACCUAAUAAUACAGAACAAAAAUGCAAUAAGUAGCAAAGCAAGAAGUCAGAGCAAAGAAAAUAUAAUUAGUGAUUCGGAACGCGAGACUUUCAGUGUGCAGCGCGCACACACAACCACUACACGACUGUACUGAGUGGGAGCUCUCAAUGCGGGAUGAUCUGUUCGUUCGUUUUUUUUUCCUGUCAUAUUGUUUAGUAACAAUCAUUCGCCCGCAUUGUAUUGCAUCUAGCUUCCCCCGGCACACUGAACGGCAAAUCCGGAACCGGCACAAUACAAGCAACGCUAAAAGAGGAUUGUGGACGCACUGGCGCGCAGACAGGCAAGCAAACAAGCUCUCAUCAGAGUCUACUAACAUCGAAUAAUUUAGUGUAUAUUAUUGCGUGAUUUAUAUAUAAAUUCGAAAUGGGAGACCUAUACACAAUCAUCACCGCAAUUAGAGAUAGAAUUAAAGCGAGCGAGCGACUCCGCACACGGCGCGGGGACACACGAAGAGAGAGAGAAAUCCAUGUAAAAAAUGAUGUUUUCAAUUAUGGUUCUGCCAUGUUCUGUUCCUGUCCUGAAUGAUUUGCUGUGUUUUUUCUCCGAUUCUGUACGGAUGAUGCGAAUUACUAAAAAUAACUGCUUCAGAGAAACUGACCUAACAAUUAGAGAAUGGGAUAAGGUAAACUGUGGGACAAAAGAAGGAAAAAAAUCAAGCGUUCCGAUUUUCUAGCGAACGAAGAGUAUUUAAUUAUUACACGACUGCUGUUUCAUCGAAUAACGACAGUUAAAAACAAACUCAGAAAAAGACAGAUUCCACUCAGUGGGCAAAAAGACAACUUACGAGUCAGAGUGUUAAAUCGUGAAAAAAACCGCACGGGAAUGGUACGAUUCCUUGGCGGAAUGUUGAAUCUUUUUUACUUUUUGAAGUGAAAAUAUUGUUGAACCAUAUUACUAUUAACUUAUUACUAGCGAUUAUCGUAACUGUAAAAAAAAAGAAGAAAAGAAGGAAGCAGGUGAACACUUGAGCUAGGCCAGCGAAUGCGAAAGAGGUCCGAGUCAGAUAGUAGAUUAGUAGAGAGGGUAGAGCUAAUGCAAACUAGCCGGUAGAAGAACGUACAUUGGAGCAAGGAGUACGCGCAUAUUUGCAUAUUUAUAAUACUAAAACAAAGUAAAAAAAUAUAUAUACUUAUACAUAAAGGAUAUUAUAUAUACAAGCCGGAAAACAGCAUACACUGAAGAAGAACAGCAUCACAAGCACAUACCCAGUUACAUGGUAUAAUUUGUUUGCGACCGACACUACACACCGACGUGCUGAAGAACACCUUAUCGGACAGAUAGUAUUCAAGUAAACAUUUUGGGGUUCGAGAGAAGAGAGUUCGCAGAAAGUAACACAUCAUCCAGUCUGGCAUUUGUUGUUGCAAAUCUAUUACCUACCGAUUGUACCGUAGAUUGUGAACGUCGAUACGUAAAUUUCAGGCCCAUAUCUAGGUUUUAUUUUGAAGUAUUAUAACUAUAUAAAUAUCAUUAGAAACAUUUUCUACUACUAAACAAAAAAUAUAUAAAGCAUUUUCUCUAUUCAUUCUUGGUUUUUCAUAACGAAGACACAGGGUUUGCAUCAUACAUUUGCUAGAUUGGAUAAUGAAUUGAACAAUUCAUUGUCGUGAAGAAAACAAGGAUAACCAGAAAACUAGAUAAAAGGACGAUCGUUGAUAGACGUUUCAUACACAUACACACACGUAACCACACGGAGUCGAACGAUGGAAUCGCGUAUUUUUAGGCUAGUGAUUGUUUUGUUGGAAUGUAACGUACUUCGAAUGCAUUUAGCAUUCAACCAUAUCGUAAUUUUACGAUCAAGAAAUCGCACUAUGUGUCUUUCUUGGUUGUCAGCGCGGUCGUAGUUUUUUUUUCGCGGGUUGCCUUCCGGGCGGUUGUAGUCAGUGUAGACAUUUUCUUUUGGUCCUGCGUUUCACAGAUGGAAAUAGUGCAGUAAGGUUAGCAUUCGAUUGCUCUUCGAGCUUUGGUUGGAAUGAAAACAAAAAAAAAUUGAUGAUGCUUAACUGUAUGGAUUCACUCUCUAGAAAAUUCGACUGAGUUCCAAGCUUUUUUAAAUGUCGCCUGAUGCCACACACCAUGAGCUAAUUGUUACAUCGGUUUUAGUAGGAGGAUGAAAACAGCGAGUGAAAACGGGUCUGGUCGAAAUGUAUUUUUUUGAAAGCAAUUUUGACCAUGUUACAUAUUCCACAUAUUGCAAGGAAAAAAUCACUAAUGCAUAGUAUUUCGCAGUAGAGUAGCAUCGCAGUCGGACAUAGAAAAUUGUAGCUUAAAAUGCCCGUCAGACGAAGUUCCUUUCAUUUGCCAUCAAUCUUUUUUUUUAUAUAACUUGGGCUUGUAUUCGAAAGAGUUUUUUUUUGUUUUCUUAUUAAUUGUUGAAUACAUCUUGUGCAGUCGAUAACAGCAGCAGCCUCAGCUGACGUGAAAAUCAGCUCCAGCCAUAGUCAGCGAAAGCAUAGAUUUAAAUAUAGCAUAUAGCAAAACAACUUGUUGGGCCGAAUAUUGAAGAUACAAAACAUCAUUGUUAAAUAUGAAUUAGUCCAUCUCAACCAUUGCAAAAUUGUUUGUUUGUUUUUUCUUCUUUUUUAUUAAUAUUUAUUGUUGCUAGCGAUAUCGCUUUGUUAUUCAAUGCUAGUUUCCAAAGGUUUUUGGCGCCAUUUUGUGUAUAAGUGAGAGCAAUGAUACUUUUUUUUGAGGGUACAGUCUCACCUGUAUUUUCGGUUUGUUUGGCAAAAACAAUGCACACACGACAAGACAUACACAAUAAACAUACAUACGUAGGUAUACACAUUCGGUAAUUUUUUAUACAACAAAUCGGUUGCUCAAUUUACUCCUCGGUUUUUUUAACGCCAUGCAAACGAAAUAAAUCUAAAAUCAUUCAACACGAAAACAGGUGAAUACCGAGAUAUUACCACUGUCUCUCUAGAAAAGGGCAGCUGUAUAAAGUACUUGAAAAUAAAACAUUAGCACUAAGUAAACACGGAGGUAUGCAUCCUCCUUAGGAUUGUAAGAGCAAUCAAGAAAAACACGAUCAAAUAAAACAAUAAUAAUUUAUGUAGCCCACUAUACCAGUAAUACACCUACACAUACACGUACAUAAAUUCAAACGUAUACAUAAGUACUUUCUAGCAGGAAUGAUGAUAACAAAAAAAGUGUUGGGUAAAGAAGCGGUGAUCAAUAGACAUUGUCGAAACUCACAGAGUGAAAUUGCAAAGGCACAGAACGUAAACAAAAAGUUCAUCAUAAUGAUCACACUUACUCUAGACAGGCAGAUAUAUUGUGUCACUCAUACAACAAAACAAACAAAGCAAUAGAAAAAAAAAUCUUGUCGCACUUAACCUAGGACAGACAACACAUUGGAGAAUUCACUUUGUUCACAACACAUAGACGAGAGCACAACACCCCACUCACAGAAAGCAGACAAAAACAACAACAACAACAACAACAACACAUUUUAAAUCGAAGGUUUCAAGCCGUGCGCGCAGAAGCAUAGCAGUUGCAAACAAACAAAAAACGAAAUGUUUUGAUAUGGAAUUUAUUGUUAUUGUUAUCGAUACCAAAACCCCAAAAAACGGAUUAUCCCAUGCCCCCCUCUGCUUCCAAAUAACCAAACCCUCAAAGGAGACAAACAUCAGGACAAAUAUGCGAGACUACUACUACCACGAAAGCAGCACGGCAAUGAUCUCUGCUGCUGCUCCUCGGAACACUUAAUCGGUUGAUUAGUACAACCACAAGGAUCCUUUUGCAUCGAACAAUGUGAACCGCGGUUACUGUGUGGAAUCCUCCAAACCCUAACGGGAUUUGCACGGAACAUUUUGGAUGGAUGCAAUUGAGUUGUUGUUCGAACGAAAGUAUGUGUAGCUGCUGCUUUCCUCCUUGUUGUGAUGCUAACGAAGAAAUUUGCCAAAUUUUAUUCUGUCACAUUAUGAUGAAUUUCAUUACACUCUGUCUGCAUCUGCUGACAAAGAUGGAGAGAUGCGUAAAAAUAGAAACAAACAAACAAACGAACAAAAAAAACAAGAACAAUAUUUGACUCUAGUAGGCGCGCAAUAUAGGAACGUUUUUUCUGACGCUGGUACAUAUUGCAUAUUGACAUACACGUAACUAGGUGAUUCAAGGGAACUAAGGUACAACUUCAAUUGUGGUGUUUUUUUUUUAAUUUGAUUGGCAGUGCAAUCUACUUACUGCUUACUUGUUUAAUUGUUAAAUUUUGGGUCUUAUCACACACUUAUGACAGCUUUUAUGGCCAAAAUUGACCAUAAAACCAUCAUACCAGUGUAAUAAAACUCAAAUUGUUACUUGGAUUAUAAUGGGGACGUCAGUUAUAUAUAUUUUAAACAUACUGUACGUUAUACAUUUUACACGAUAUGCAUAAAUUAUUAGAUUACGUAAGGCAGUCCUCUAAUCUGUUGGAUUAUGCUUCGAUUUUCUAGCUUCUUAGCUUGAAAUUCGGCGGCUAUUUUUUAAAACCGCACUUCUCUUUUAAAUUCGUAACCCUGUAGAACCCUAUUGGGUAUACUCACAACCAAGUGUUUUGAAAUGCCCAUUCCAAAAUGUUCCCAUACUUACAUACUUUACUUUGUAGGUGACAAUCCACCUGUUGAAUCAGUGCCGAAUUUCGGAGCCGUCUCCACGUUUCUCAGUCUUGGACUGCUUCUCUCCAAUUGCCCCUAGCAGCCGCUGUUCUAGCAUCCUCGUUAACAGGGUUCAUCUAACGGGUACAAUGUCUGUCUUAAAGUCGUCAGUCGAGUUCUCUGCUGAAUAUUGUUUUCGCUGGUCUCUCAUCCGGCAUCCUUGCUGCGUGGCCAGUCCACUGUAACUUGCCGUGUUUUAGUCGGUUCACAAAUAUCCAAAUCUUUGUAUACUUGGCAUGUUUCGUGAUUCAUGUGCCUGUGCCACACUCCUUAUGCAGCCAUGAAUUGAUCGCAGGAUCUUACGCUCAAAAACACCAAGAGAUCGUUGGUCGCUCUCUUUUAACGUCCACACAUGGUGGCCAUAGAGUACCACCGAAAGAAUUAGCAUCUUGUGGGGUAGCACGAACCAGCCUAAUCAGUUUUGUUUGUAAACCAUGUUUAAGCAUAAUCCGUCAUAGCUCAUUUCGUUUAAUUGAAUUGUAUGCCGCUUUGAAAUCUUUAAACAAAUGAUGAGCCUGCAAAUUGAAUUCCCAGAAUUUAUCGAGGAUUUGUCGCAAGGUGAACAUUUGGUCCAUCGUGAAACGUCCCUGUCGAAAACUGCCUUCGUUUCUUGCAACGGCCUCAGUCUAUGAAAUAGAACGCGGGAGAGAAUUUUGUAUGCAGAAUUUAGGAGAGCAAUGCCUCGAUAAUUGUUACACACAAGUCAAUGCUCCUUUUUGUAAAUAGGGCAUGUGAAACCUUUCAACCAGUCCGUAGGUAGUUCCUCCUUAGUGCAUACCUUUAGUAUUAUUAGCUAACGGAUUGUUCAAACACAUCCAAAAUAUUCCCAUGGCUCCGACGUUGCCACUAUCAGCUCAUCAAUGCUGUUACGUUUCUUCUUGUUGGCGUAUUGCCAUCGUACAAUGAUUCUACAGAUGAUCUGCUGGCCGGCUACCAUAAAUGUUCAAUUUUACAGGUGCUAAGCCAAAGUUUUGUAGCCAAACUGGAGUAAAUACUAGUGAGUGCUACCUGUAAGAUGUAAGUGCCGGAUUAAGCUUUUCAGAUGCACAAAACCGCAGCCAACCCAUUAAUCCCCUCUCGAAAUUGCGAAGUACUCCGAAAUACUCUGGAUCUUUUUAGUAGAUAUCGACAAUAGCCCGUGAAUACACCGGGGACACCCAAAUCGAAUUUUUUUCUAUUAGAAAAAAUAAUCUAAAGUAGCAGCAUUUCCCAAUGGGGCUCACGAAUCCCAAAUGGGGACUGGGGUCCGCCAAAAAUUCAGCUCGUUGCAAAAUAGUAUACGGAAUUCUGUCACGAAGUUUGCGAAACAAAAAUAAGUCGAUUGCGACUUGCCGAGCCUUCCGUUUACUCCUGCUAUCAGAUUCUAUACAGCCAUCAUUUUGUUUGCCACAGAGCGCCGUUUUGCCGUAAACUGGUUCUUGCCAGUUUGCCGUUAACAGUUUUUUUAGGUCUUCUUCAGGUUCCGCUUGACGAUGACUCAAUGUCGAUAGGCGGUGCUUUGGUGAGUUAGGAGGGCCCUAUACCUGCACGUUGUUGGCGGCAUACCGUUCAUUGGCUUUGUUCCGAAAUGGCAGGGUGCCAAAUCCGACCAAAACAGCACGGAUGAAUCGUUUUAUAUCAGAGAAGGCAGCAGACGUAUUUCUAAACAUUCGUUUUCGUGUAUUUCUCGGAUGCACGUAAAUGCACGGUGGUAGAAGACAUUUCCAGAUUCUUGGGCUUCCGUUUGAAAGUACUGAGCACUCUUCUUGAUGGCGUUGCGGCUUCCAGUUUUCGGUUUCCUCCCGAUUCAGGCUUCCUGGGCUGUAGACAAACGUUCCCCAAACAGUUUUAUUAUGUCGAUAACAAUUGCUUUUGACACUUUUAACAUUUUCGCGAACUCAACGUGCGAGUAGUUCUGAUUUUCGCAAUACGUGAGCAAACAUUUGAUUCGCGGCUUCUCUUGCCGUGUUUGUUAGUAGUUUUCUAUGUCUAUCGUUCAUCAUGUUCAAAGUCAUUGUGCUAACCGCCCAGUUUGUCUUACGUGCUUACGCUUUUAUCUGACGGAACAUACUCAUCAAGUUGAAAUAACGUUAUUUCAUCUAUUUUUUAAUCAAUAAUUAUUUAUAAUUAUAGUAAUACUUAUGUGAUCAAUUAAACAAAUUCUGUUACAACACGAAUCCUUUUGACAUUAUUUGAUUACCAAUUAAUUCAUUUAAUUCAUUCAAAAAAAUUGAGUUUUAUAAUUGGAUAGAUCAGGUCCACCGCUUUUGCCACACCUUUAGACAAUUGACUUAGUAUCUUACGUUCCCUGAUGAAACUGGAGAAAAAGUUGUUGAUUAUUUCCUUUACACUUCAACUCUUCCAUUGCGCUUUGAAGUUUGAAUCGAAACCGAAAAUAAAUAGUGACAUCUUGACAUGCAGAACUCAUCAGACUAGUUGAUAAGAUAAAAAACGUAGAUUCUAGUGUAACAACCAUCAGCAACAAGCAACAGUCCUCUAUAUAUGAAACUAAACAGAUACACAUAUUAUAUUACGACAUUUCUAGCAGAUAAUAAUAUUUGAAAUUAUAACGAUAAGAUAAGUGCAGACAAAAGAAAUCAAAAUGCAUAUUUAUAUCCCUCUAAAAGCUAAAAUAAUGCAAGACAGCUAGAUCUCAGACGAAAAAAAAUGAAAAUGAAAAGUCAUACAAGAACGCCACUAGCGAUUGAUUGAAAGCAAAUUGUGAAUACAAAUAAUGAACGCGAAAAGAUUCGUUAAAUUUUUAAGAUCCAAUCGUUUGCUAAGCAUAGAACUGAGAUUCCAUACUUGUGUGCUGUCAUCCAUAGACGAAGAAAUGGUCGAUGAAAUGUAAAGGAUGGGUAAUACUAGUACCUUUUGAUUUAAAACGACGAAAAAAAACUUCUACUACUCAAGCAAACCAAAAUCGAAGCAGUGAUUCUAAUAUGUAACAUGUAAUAAAGAAAAUACCAGUCACUUCAAUUUUAGCUCUAAACUCGAGUAAACAAAAGAAAAAAAACUAUAACAAUUGAAAGUGAGACAUUUCGCAAGCCGUCAGAAACUAUCCCUCUCUUCUCUCUCUACGUAUAUCUAUCCAGAUGCAGAUACCGUAUCACACACAGACACCUACACACAAACAUACAUAGAAGUACAUAAACCCACUAAUAUUAGAACAGAUGGAAAAUAAAAACUCUUUUUAGUGAUAAUCUCUAUAUCUCUACGUGUAAGAAGUCAGCAACAAGUCGACAAGAAAAGGCGAUCAUUGUGACGGUGGCAAACUCUUUUAACAAAAAAAAGCAUAGAAUAAAUAUGAAGAAAAUAUAAGUAUAAAACCUUAGCAUUAGCAAAAAAAAGAAAUAUUAUCUCUAUUGAGAUUCAAAUAUAUGUAUUUAACAGAGAAGCAAAUGCAGCCGUGUAAGCAGAAUCGUAGAAUGUGAAGUCGGUGACGAAAUGAGAAUGUAAUUUAUUUAUGCAUUACAAGUAAGCAAUAAAGUAUAUAGACAGAGUAAGAAAAAACCGGCGUAAGGAUGCGCGCAGAAACGUAGCAGCAGCAGCAGAAAAAAACGAAGAUAAAAAAACAUUAACAUAAAAUAAAUGAUCAUUAUAUACACUAUACAACAUCACACUAUUGACAUUUAUCCCCAUUACUUGGAACGAAGAAAAAAAAAAACAGCGGAGCGCAAGAGAUUCACUGCAAAAUAUAUAUAUAAAAAAAUAAUAAAGGUAGUAAUAAUAUUUUUACCGAAAUAACGAGAAUGCAAUUCCAGGUUGCACUAUAAGCCGCAAAAGCAGAAAACCAUGUGAGACGGUGGGGCUAGAAAACAAGAAAGAUGAUCCGAGCAUAAAUCUAUUAGUAGAAUGGAUAUUAAUUUAUACAUAGGAAAUUAUAAAGAAGAAAAACAAAGGAAAAUAUAUACACCCAUUUUCAUGUCUAAAAAAAAAAGAUGCAAAGAAAAAAAUAUAAUCUACUAAAAAAACAAGUCGGUGAUAUUUUUAGAAUAUAUUAAACGAGUAAGGAAAUUAUACAUUUACAUUAUAUUGAUCAGAAAAAGAAGUUUGGGUUUUUUUUCAUCUACUGACAGACCGCGAGCAUAGCGAAACACACAAAUACAUACACAUAGUAAAACACACACACGUAGGUUUGGAAUUGCGGCGAGAGCGGAAAACAAACAAGAAUACAAGAAGAAGAAGAAGAAGAAGUCAUUAUUAGAGAGAUUGCGCGUGCGUAGCUAGAGCUAGAGCCGACGAAGAAGAAACACCCCGGAUGAUGAGGCGUUGUUGCGAGAUAGGUUGACGAGGGUGGCACGUGCUGUUUCACUUGUGGCGGACUUUUUUUCUUUCGUUUAUUUGGACAUAGAAUCGCUGAACAGAUCAGAGGCAAGAGGAGGGGAGGGGUACCACAUUCCAGGGGCACCAGAAACCGCGACCCAUCCACCCGGAUCACGAUGAUGAUGAUGAUGAUGAUAUCAGAUGUCUUCCAAAAAUUACAAGAAAAAUCCUUAGAGUUGUUUUGUUGUUAUUGUUAUUUGUUGUUGAACGGACCGUUGCGGUUCAGAUUUUACGUUGUUGUAGCGUAGAGGUUUUUUCGGCAUCACAGCGAAUUUGAUUAAUUUGGCGGCGCACCACCGGUGUGGAGGGUUCGGGGUCAAUCGUGAACCCUAUAGGGUUUUCAUGAAUGCGACGGUUUUGGUGUGCAGUUCCGGAUGUGGUACGUGCGUUUAAAAAUUGUACUAUUAGGGAGGGAAGAGUCGGUGGAUCGGCAAUCGAUUCUUCCGAAAUGUUAUACGAAUUUUACUGGCGAGAAUCGGGCCAGUUACAGAAAUUCAGCUCUGGGUUGUUUUUCUUUUAUUCAGCUUGACUAGUAGAACGAAAAAUGUUGCACGAACUUUUUCAAGAUAAACUGUUGUCAGUUGGAUAGUUUUUCUAAACGUAUUUUAGGAUUCAUUCCAGUACUUUAAAGACUUCAGCUAAGAUUAGAAUAAAAACUGAUGUAAAAAGUGUUUUGAAUAUCUAAACUAACUCAACUGCUUGAUUGCGUUCAGAUGCUCAAUUUGUUUGCUGCUUAUUAAUGGAAUCUUGACAUUUACGGCACUUGUUUGCGAUGGGAAACAUUUCUUGGUAACAAGUUAGGUUUUAUUACACCCUUAUAAUGGUUCUACGGAUCAAUAUUGAUCAAAAAACUGCGGUAAGAGUACAAUGAAACCAAAAUUGCUUGGAAUCUGACAUGUUGUAACAUGUUUAUAAAGUAAACAAAAUACGAUAAACUCGAGUUUUGGCAAAAGUUUUGAAUUGAUGUUCCUAUACCCAAGAAACUCUAGGUACGUGUAAGGACUUUUUAAAAUGUGCCUCGCAUGACUUUUUCAAAAAUGAAUAAGGCGCUUACUCAUCGUAAAAAUAAAGCCCAGAGGGCUGUGCCAGACAAAUUUUCUGCUUGAGCAGGUUAAAGCACUAAAGAUUUCGUCAAAAAAUUACCAACAUCGAACAACAUUGACGUUGUCGAAAUAAUGGUUUCGUUUGAUGUAUUGGCCUACUAUUCCAAUAAACGAAGCCUUGUCACAUCUCGAAGAUUGGCUGCCCAUAAUAGCGGUAUCACUUGGAAAGCUUAGUUUAAGGAAAUUAUUACGCCUUUGUAUGAGUGAAAAGAAGUUAAUUUCCUCUACGUGGUAACUUGCAGGCCGAAGGAGCACCCAUGGGUAACCCUCUUUCGUCGUUUUUAUGUGAGCUUUUAUGUUUAUAGCCAAAUCUCUUGUCAGUUCGCCGGUGGAGAUGUGUGAACUAGGAAGUUUUAAAAUAGCAAAAUUUCGUUCUAAGGAAGUCUAGUAACAAAUGCUUUGGUAUUAAGUAAUUCGCAGUCUUAGUUCGUUGCUUUCUCAUCGCCAAUGUUAGGAUGCCUACUGCAAUUUGCAGUGCUUCUGCCUGUUCUGUAAACAGUGAUGUAAAAAUUUGUACAAGAGAGUGCGAUUUUAGCAGCACUGGUUCGCACUUGAAGUUGCAUUGCGAUGCUGGCAGGAAUCAAACCUAAAGUAACUAAAGGAACAUCAGUUUUUAACAAAGCCACUUCUAUUCUGAGUGCAGCGUAGAGUAUAAUUUACCUUGCCAAAUUUAAACUCUAGUGAUAGUCGAAGAGUUCUUAAGUUUACUAAAAGCCGUCACAAGUGAAUCAAUGAAAAAUGCCACUCUAUUAAGAUAUUAGUUUAAUUUUAAUAUUUUCAAACCAAUCUGAUCCAAAUCAUGGAAGAAGUAAGCUGUUGUAUUAGAGGAAUGUUGCGGGAUCAUUAUUUUAUCUCCAAACAAUUUAUACAUUUUAAAUUUUUAUUAGGCAUUUCCUACCAUUUUUGAAAGUUUUCUAUUAAAUUGUUGAUUGAUUACGAUUCGAUUGUCAUAUUUACAAAAAACAUACUAUCGCAUCGCUUUCCCCCCUAACAUCGGUCAGUUAAAGUUGUUGACUUCAUUCAUUUGUCCCAAAACUGUAUCAUGUUGAUUGUCCCGCCCCCUUGGUAAGGAUCCCGUGCAAAACAUACCUCUCUUAUGAAGGCAGACAAUAAUUAAAAUCGAAAACCAAAAUUUAAAUGUGAAGAUGAUGAAAACAAAAAAAACCACGAAGACAUGAUUUUAGAUGAGCAUUUUUUCGGUGAAUAUCUUAGGCGCGAGUGCUACUGAAGAAGAAACUUAAAUAUAAUACGUCGCCCAUGUUUUCGAAGAAACAGAAAAAAAACAUUCAAAUUCGCUGGCGAUAAAUUUGUUUGUUUGAAAAUGACGCAAAACUGUUAUUUAAACUUAUUAUUUCCGAAUAAUGAAACACACUAGGAAAAAAAACAAACGGUAAAACUACAUUGUAUUUGUACAUCGGAAAUUCAAGACUUCUCUCUCUGUCUUUUUCUCUCAGUAGCAAAGAAGUAAUCGGACUUAGUAGAUUCUCUUGCCAAAAUAUAAGCUAUACGUAGACGGUACUUAUUGGGAAGAAGGAAUUUAGAGGAUUCUGUAGGGGGCACCGCAAGCGAAGCGUGGGUGCGCUACACGUUAGAAAAUUUUAACUGAGAUUAGCAAAAAAGUGAUAGCUACACGCUUCAGUCGCGACUACGUUGAUGAUCUAGUAAAUCUCCGAUGGGCUAAGUGAGGUUAUGGUUACGCUGGCUCAUCGUGCUUGUCUAAGUUAUUUAUUUAUUUCAAUCUAUUUAUAUCCCUUAUAUAGACUAAUUAAGUUAACAAAUGCCACGAGACCCUAAGUUUCCUGUAAUUAGAACUAUAAUUUUUGCAUUGAAUAAACAAACAACUGAACUGCCAAAUUACGAAGCUAAAUCGGAUGCAUUAUGUGACAACCAUUGGAUUAAUCAAACUAUUGUUUGUCUUCAACCCAAACCCAAGCAAACAGCUCUUUCCUGUAGAUUGUUAUAAAAACCAUGCAUUGAUCUCCUCUCGAUAUUCGUUGUUUCAAUUAGACCGUUUUGAUAAUUUAGCACAACGCAUGUUUGACAAACUGAACUAAAAUGAGAACAAUAACGACAAACCCAGACAAAAGAAACGAAGUUAUUUUAAUCCCAAAAGCAAUAACAGCAGUGAAACUCUUUGAAAGCAUAAAAUUUGAACAAACCUGAUUUUCUCCAUCGAAGUAAACUGAAAAAAUACUUACAUUUGCUAGUAAUAAAGUAUGAAAAAAAACUUGUUAUAUUUACUAUUUAAAAAAAACUGAUACCUUAAUACUGUAGAGAACACUUAACAGCAGAAAGGGCACUCUAGCGUCCGAUCGUGCGUCGUACGCGAAGGACGAAAUUUUACGACUAAAAUACUAGCUAAGAGUAUGUGUAAAAUGAAGCAAAACAUCUUUAAGCAGAAUAAAAAUGAGUACAUAUGGUUGUGUCAAAAAGAAAAAAAAUAUACAUGAUGAAGCAUGCGAUUAAAAAAAACACAUGAAAUAAUACACAUUAAAAUACAACUAAAAUAUACUACACAUAUGAGUAAGUAAAAUCAAUAAACUAAACUAUAUAGCAAGAAAGAACCGAAUAAACAUAAAAAAAUGGAAGAUAAAUACAAAAAAAAAACAAAUUAGAUUAUUUAUACACUUGCGGAGGAUAAAUUUUAUUGUGUCUCUGAAAUUGUGUCUAUCGAUUGGCUUAACCAAUCUCUGCAUACUAGUUUUUUUUUUUUGAUUGUUUUUCUCAGUCAAUCCCCCAAUCUAUUUUAUCCUUUAGAAAGAUACCGGAAUCGAGCCAUCUAUCUGGUCAGUAAUAGAAGCGCCACUAGGGCCCCGAAUGUUCCAGCCAUUUUCAGGCGAUCAGGCGUCUAGUUUUGCAUUGCACUCUGUCUGUGUGUGACAUCGAAUCGUUUUGCGUUCAGGUUUUUUCGCCAGCCUUCUGUGAUCCAUGAUCGGGUGGUAAAAACGGUACGGUACGGUACGAACGACUCUCAUUCCGGUAUCCGGAUUUUGCAGGUUUUGCUGCGUUGAUUUUUUCGAUUUUCGAUUGACUCUUUCGUUUCCAUUGUUAAGGUUCAUUUUCUUUUAGG